AUCGCGAUUUUACAGUAUUGCUCUCUGGUAGCAGUAGCUUACUGGAAGCUGUCAGUGAAGUCAGCAAAGGGAGUCCAAAUUUGAGAAAUCGGAGAGUAUUCACAACAUUCAUUUUAUUGAAUUUGUCUAGACGUUACAGAAGGCUACACAUAAGGAUUUGGCAAUAUAUAAUUCUCCGUCAAAUCAGUCAUCAUUUUCUAGCUGUUUAAAUCAGCUGUAUGUUAUUCCCUUGCCAGAUCUAAUUAAACCAGCAAUGGCGUUGAAAAGAAUCCAGAAGGAGCUGACAGACCUGCAAAGGGAUCCUCCCGCACAGUGCUCAGCAGGACCAGUUGGCGAGGACCUAUUUCACUGGCAGGCGACGAUAAUGGGGCCGAAUGACAGCCCAUACCAGGGUGGAGUGUUCUUCCUCACGAUUCACUUCCCCACAGAUUAUCCCUUUAAACCUCCUAAGGUUGCAUUUACGACAAAGAUCUACCACCCCAACAUCAACAGCAAUGGAAGUAUUUGUCUGGAUAUUUUAAGAUCCCAGUGGUCACCAGCCCUCACUGUAUCCAAAGUCCUGUUGUCCAUCUGCUCUCUGCUGUGUGACCCCAACCCCGAUGACCCUCUGGUACCGGAGAUCGCACACACUUACAAAGCAGACAGGGAAAAGUACAACAGACUAGCAAGGGAAUGGACUCAAAAGUACGCCAUGUGAGAGCCUACAGAACAUGUCAAGAACCACUGAAAAGGAAGCAAGCAAAGGAACACAGGAAAAAAAAUAUGUUUUAACAUUUUUAACACAAGGAGUUGGAACCAGACACGGGACAAAAAAAAAUAAACGACACACCCUUUUUGAAAUGACCAAAAGGGAAGGAAAAACAAAAGAAAGCUCCAGGCGUGGACUGAGUGACACCUGUAAGGGCUGGUUGCAGUGUGCGUCUCCACUGGCUUAAGUCCCUCUCUAGGCCUGGGCCUAAACCUGCUGAGCCAAGCCUGGUACGAAAUGUAGGCUGCCGCCACCACCACCACCACCACAAAACCCAGGAAAAAAUAAAACAACACUAGACUUUUACUUCUAUUAGUGUUACUACUGUUAUCGUGAUUCAUACAUUAUUAUUAUUAUUAUUAUUAUUAUUAUGGUCAGUGUUACUCCUCAUAAAAUUCUUUUAUUAUGCUUACUAUCACUGUAUGUUGUUAUUACGAUGGCUGGGGUCAGAGCUGUUUAUCUGAAUGUUCUGCGGAAAUUGGAAAAGGGAGCUACUUGGUUGCUCGGCUUAUUGUCAUCUCCAGAACGGGAGACUCGGGGGGGUUUCUGCUCUGCAGUUGUGCUUUGCGUGUGUACGUGCAUAUUUUGUCAGCUCUGCUGUAUAAUUUGAGUAACGUGAAUGGACUGGAGCUCCCUUAGUGAAUUGAGGCUUCACCACCACUGGCGUCAAUUCACUCUCUGACCACGUGGUUGAUUUUUUUCAUGCCCCACGAGAGGCUUCUACCACAUUGAUCUCACCACUUGAAGUACAGAACUUACUGUAAUUGUGACAUGUGUAAUCCUUCAUGUCAACAACUUUAGAAUAUAGUCCAAUAAGAUCUUCUGGUGCUAUGACAAUACCUGCAAAAACAUUAUUCUUGAAAUAUUUAAACAUCAGGAGAGAUGAUACAGCUUAAUAACCCUAAAAUGACCCUGCCUCUAACCAUAGCUCAUAGCUUCUCCUAGACCAAACCCUGACACUACAGGAAGGAUAUAGGUGGAUCUCUUCUCUUAUGUACAGCAUGCCGCUUGGAGCAAGAACUAACAAAUGAACUCUGCUGUCUGUCUUGUGGAAUUGUGUAGUGUUGCUCUGUAGUUUUCCAUCUGCAGGCGUCUCCCCUGAACUCAUAGACAGAGGCUGAGAUGGGUCCGGCUCCAGCUCCAGCGUCCCCUCUCCAACUUCCAGUUCUUCUGUGCACAGAUCAGAUCAUGUUUUAUUGUGCAACCUUAUGACGUGAAUGUUCAUAGCCGAUUAUAGAUAGAGCCAUGGAAAGGGAGAUGGAAAGACCCUUUGGUUGAGACUGUAAACAGUUUCGUUUUCGUUAGCCAGCCCAUCACGUUUCCAAAAGGUUUUAACCUCAGUAUUGACCUUAAAUCAACAUUUAGUUUUAUUCUUUAUUUUAAUGAUUGUUUUUUUUGUUUUGUUUGUUUGUUUUAAUCUACCAUUGAUGCACCUGUGAAGUUUCCUACAUAUGGAGUUUCCAUCGUGAUUUUUGACACGAAACUGUAACCAAUGCAUGUGCAUGUUACAGUAGAUAUCUGAGUAUUAGUUUACAGAAGAAUAAGAUCCAUAGCAGACAAUAUUUUGUGUAAGUAACUCAUUAUACAUCUAAAAAGUCGGACAGUAGUUUUUCCAACCGAGUAUUUACUGUACAAAAGAUUACUGGAAUUGUAAAAAUCCAUACGGAAACUCUACUACGUCUACUGCUGUGCCACGACAUCCUUUUUUAUUUAACAUGGGGAAGGUGCAUCGUGGGACGUGUAUAAAGGCAAUAGAUUUAAGAGUCACUACUUUUACUGAAGAUGUUUUCUUUAUUUAUGAGAGUCUCUCACUGCUCUCUUCUUUUGGUAUCUCACUAACAUGACUAACCUUUUGUGCGUUUCCGUUCAGUUGACAGUCGACUCUGUUCAAAUCCAGCACAGGUGCUGGAGGACUUGCAGUGCAUUUCAUCAGAGUUCCAUUUGGGUUUCGCACCUGUUCCGCCAUCAUUGUGUGGUUAUUUUUGGAUCGGAGGAUGAAUCUUGCCAUAGUAAAGGGAAAUUGAUCAUCCUGGAGGAAGAGAGGAAUGUGAGGGCUCGGCUGGCUAUGUACCGUCUGUGUGGAUGCAGGGGCAAUCUAAUACCUCCUGAGGUUCACUGAAAAGGUUGUCUGGGAGAUGUACCUGUUGGAUAAGUCUGUUUCUAACCCUACUGUCACUUCACUCUUCACUGCAAAGGUCCUCACACUCUUAUUCGGGGGAGAUAAAUGCAGUUUUCCCCUGAAAAAGGAACCAUUUUGGUCUGUUUGGUCAAAUAACACUGAAUAUCAUUUAAAGAUCUGACUUUUAUAUCAUUUUAUUGAGGUAUUUAAGCACUGAAAUGUUUUUUUGUUUUGUUUUCUGUCUGUACUUGAUAUGCCUUGAUAGUGUAAAACACAAUGUAGAACACUGCGUGGGGAGAGAUCUGAUGGAGCCUCACAAACUUAACAGGAUAUCCUGUACAUGUAUCCACAGAAUUCUUUUUUUGAAUGUAACCUCCUGAAUGCACACUGAACUCUCUCAUUGUAUGGACGGAGCUGCUCGUUUCACGCAUUGGCUUAAAUAUUGCGCCCGUGUGCAUAUCCUCGCUAGACGUAGCUGCCCGAAGCUCACUGGUUGUGCUCCCUGUCGUUUGUGACCUUUUUUUAUUUAUUUAUUUAUUUAUUUUUGCUAUUUAUUUUUGUUGUCUUCCACCGAUACGCUUGAAAUGCAGUCAGUAACGCUCACAAUGGAGCUUUGAUGAUGGAGAUCACGGGAGGACAGCAUAGAUGAGCCUAGUUGAAUGAACCAGACAUACCCAUCAGCAGGUCAGCUUUGACCACUCGGGAAACUAGCAUGCUUACUUCUUCGGAGAAAAAAAAACAAACAAAACAAAACAAAAAAAACCUCUCAACAGCCAUCUGCAAAAUAUCAGGGAUUUCUGUACCAUUUGCCUCUCCUGACACCUUCAAUAAAAUCUCAGCCUUAACUGUCAUUUUAUAGCUAUGGGUACUGUAAAGCGUGUGUGUGCGUGUGUGUGUCUUAAGGUUUUUUUUUUUUUUUUCUUCUUACUUCCCACAAGGGAAAUUAAAGUAAGUUUUCAUGCUUAUUUUUUGGAGGAGGUUACACAGAGAAUUGACUGUCACUUUAUCUUACUGUGUAGCGCACAGUUGUGUGUCCCUCCUCAUCCACCUUGGCUUUAUGAUUUAAUUUGUGUAGAAUAUGUGCGGAAGACCUCUUGUCACCAUAACUAACACCCUCCCCCUUGCAUCCAGUUACAGUCUGUGCUGAAACUGUGCACCUGAAAAAAAAAAACUCUCAAAUUGUUAAAGUACAUGAAUAAAGCUCCUUUUGUUUUA